GGCUGCCCUCCUGAUUGGUCCCCGCGCCGAGCUGCUCACGGGUUCAUUGAAGUGUUAAGCACCUCCCCGUCUCUCUAAAGGACAUUAUAAUGCAAGAGACCCCCUUUUUAACCACACACCGAAUUUUCUUUCAUUUAGGGGAUCUAUAUAUAUAUAUAUAUAUAUAUCUCAUAUCUUAUAUCUAUUUUAAAUAACUUAAGGCCGCUAAAAUUUGGGGGGGAACAGCCUUCGCCCUGGAGCGGUGCGCGAUGCUGUCUCACGCCGACCUCCUGGACGCCCGUCUCGGGAUGAAAGAUGCGGCCGAGCUGCUGGGACACCGGGAGGCGGUGAAGUGUCGGCUGGGCGUAGGGGGCUCGGAUCCGGGGGGACACCCGGGAGACAUGGCUCCCAACUCGGACACGGUAGAAGGGACCACCCUGCUGCCGGGGGAGGACAUCACCACGGUGGGAUCCAACCCCAGCUCCUUAGCCGUCAGCGCCAAAGACCCCGACAAGCAGCAAGGCCAGCAGGGUGGCCAGAAUCCCAGCCAGGCUGGUCAGCAACAGGGGCAGCAGAAGCAGAAGCGGCACCGCACCCGCUUCACUCCCGCACAGCUGAACGAGCUGGAGAGAAGCUUCGCAAAGACCCACUACCCGGACAUCUUCAUGAGGGAAGAGCUGGCCUUGCGCAUCGGCCUCACUGAGUCCCGGGUGCAGGUUUGGUUCCAGAACCGGCGGGCCAAGUGGAAGAAGCGCAAGAAGACCACGAACGUCUUCCGCGCCCCGGGCACGCUGCUGCCGACGCCGGGGUUGCCGCAGUUUCCCUCGGCUGCCGCCGCCGCCGCCGCCGCUAUGGGCGACAGCCUCUGCUCCUUCCAUGCCAACGACACCCGCUGGGCCGCCGCCGCCAUGCCGGGCGUGUCGCAGCUGCCGCUGCCGCCGGCGCUGGGCCGGCAGCAGGCCAUGGCGCAGUCCCUCUCCCAGUGCAGCCUGGCGGCGGGGCCGCCGCCCAACUCCAUGGGCCUCUCCAACAGCCUGGCGGGCUCCAACGGGGCCGGGCUGCAGUCGCACCUCUACCAGCCCGCCUUCCCCGGCAUGGUGCCCGCCUCCCUGCCUGGGCCCAGCAACGUGACCGGCUCGCCCCAGCUCUGCAGCUCCCCGGACAGCAGCGACGUGUGGCGGGGAACCAGCAUCGCCUCCCUCCGCCGCAAAGCACUAGAGCACACAGUCUCCAUGAGCUUCACCUAAUGGCCGCCGCCACGUCCCCCGCCGCCGCCGCCGCCUGGCCCUGCACCCUCGUGUCGCCCGCCCGUCCCCGCCCGACCCCCGCCUUCCCCCACCUGACUUACCAGGGAGUCGACUCAGGAUCUGAAACCAGACGCCAAUGGGCUGGUUUGUGGGCCCAGAAACACCCCCAUCCCCCCGUACCAC